AGGAUGAGCCGGUUCCUCAACCUCCUCCGCAGUUGGUUACUGAUGGUUGCUAUUGUUGCUGCAGGAAACACAAUUCAGAGUUUCUGGGACCACAGCUUUUUGUCAGACAAAUUGUACACUGGAAGCCCAACGUUCGUGAAUGGUUUGCAGGCAAGGACAUUUGGGAUCUGGACUCUACUCUCUUCCAUCAUUCGAUGUGCAUGUGCAGUGGAUAUUCACAACAGAACGUUGUACCACGUGACUCUGUGGACCUUUAUUCUUGCUUUUGGUCACUUUGUGUCUGAAUCCUUUAUUUAUCACACAGCACCUAUGACAAAAGCAGUGAUGGCACCCCUGUUAGUGGCCAGUUUCUCGAUCCUGGGAAUGUUGGUUGGAUUUCAGUGCUUGGAAGAUCCUCAAGAGGCAACCUCUAUUCGACCAAAGAAAAGGAUGUAGAGCCUCCAUGAUGGCCUGGCUGCUCAGAAUAAUGGUGUGCAGAGAGCGAAUAGAUAGGUUUCUGGCUGCUGCACAUUCAACUAGUUCACCUCGGCACUCUCUCCACUGCACUUCCAUCAACUUCAUUCAUCACAAUCAGUGACUGAAAUCCAUUCGUUAGCUGGAAAGACCUUUCCGAUGUUCUGAAGUCAUAAAGUGUGCUUUAGAAAUAUGAGUCUAUUUGGAUUGUGAUACAACACAGAAAGAGGCUAUUUGGCUUAUUGUAUCCACGCUGGUCAACAUUUAUCCCAUUUCCCAGCCCUUUGCCGACAGCUUUGGAGACUACAGUAAUGCAAGUGAACAUUUAAAUGCUGCUCAAAUGUUUCAAGAGUUUUUGAUUCAACUAUCCAAUUAGGCAGUGACUUCCAGAAUCCCAACAUCCUCCGAGUUUAAAAAAAUUCUUACCUCUUCUUUUCGCUUUCUGCUUCUUACCUUGAAUCUAUCCCCUAUGUAUCAGGUCCCCUUUCAACCUUCAUUCCUCCAAGGUAAUGGCCUAUUCAGUCUUCCCUCAUUGUUCAGACUCUUCAACCUGGGCAACAUCCUAGUAAAUGUCUUCUGCACCCUUGCCAGUGCAAUUACAUCCUUCGUAUAAUAUGCAACCAGAGCUGCACACAGUGCUCCUUCUGUGGCCUAAAUAACAUUAUAUACAGCUCUAUUUUUGCCUGCUUCUCUUGUAUUCUCUGACUUGGCUAAGAAAGAUAAGUAUCCCAAACGCCGCCUUAACCACCUAAUCUACCCGUCCUGUAGCUUCAGGGAUCUGUGGACAUAGUGGUAAUGACA